UCGUCGAUACGACAGUACUUGGUUGACGAGUGGAAGCCGAAGACUGUCGUAGCCGGUCGGGGACACCCGAAGCUGUGGAAGCCUCUGAUUGGUGCCGACGCAAUUGUCAUUAUGAGUGUCUCGGUUUGAACUCGCGUUUUCGUACUCUUGCGGCAAUCGCGAGAUUCAUCUGAAUUUUCACGGAUUGAAAUAUUUACGAUCCCGGCUCGAGAAUUAAUGGUGGCGGUACGAGUAGAUACAAUUAACCUCUACUGAACGAAGUUGAGAAGUUAUAAUGCAACGAGUAAAAGCCAAAAUAUCCUUCAAAGCGGAUUGGAGAUUAAAGAUGGAAAAAAAUAAACAGAUAAGAAAUAAGAGAUUGCGAGAUUUAUUUGUUCAUUUACACUUUUUAAAUGUUCUUUAUAUGUGUUCUUUAUAUGUGUUCUUUAUAUGUGUUCUUUAUAUGUGUUGUUCUGACUAAAGAUUUAAUUCAGAUAGAGAUUAAACCAGAUAGAGAUAAAAAGAAAGAAACAGGAAAUAAAUAUCAUAUUGAAGAUUAGACUUUAUUCUCGGUAUUUCGAUGUCGGAAUAAUUGUACUUUCAACUACAGUUACUAAUGUCUCUAGAGAAAUCAUCAUUAUAGACUAUUUUAUCUCAAUAUUUCAAGGCUUUUGGCUACCUAACGGCGCGGUAGACUUUGCUUGCGUGCAUGAUUACGCUGAAAUCACGAUGAAUUGUCUAUAAAUUCCUCUUGCAUUUCACUCUUAAUGGUACUAACGAUUUGCGAUGGAUAUCAAUAUCAAGCGCGAUAAUGCCAUAUACGUACGUGCCGGCAGUUUCCGUGGCAACGAGAAAGCAAACUCGUCAUGGCGAAAACGAACGAAACGACCCAACGUGACUCACUUCAAAACAGGACCGCCGCACCUCAUCAGUUCAUUGAUAAUUAAAAUUUACAAGUGGUACGACGCGUGUCAAGUGAAGAGGCGCUGAAUUGGAUAAUCAAGACUAGGAAGAAAAGGAAGAAAAUAUGCUUUCCUCGAAGGCGAACGCAGCGUUGACGCGGGUGAAGGAAAUUGAAGAGAAAUAUAAAAUGAAACGCAGAGAACAGAGAUGGAACCGCACAGAAGAUACAGACAGCUCGAUAAGCACCGUCUCGUUGAACCUAUCGGAAAACUUGUCGAAGCAAUUGAAGGAGUCGUCGGGGAACUCUCCGAAGCCUAAGCUUGACAUAAAAAUGCCAGAUAUGAGAUUCGAAGGUCACGAAGAGAGCGCGAAACUUCCAUUGCAGGAUAAGCAAUCUGACAGGAUGAACCAAGCUGUCGACGAAGCCGACCUUGAUGUCGCGAUGCCGUCGGAAGAUAAAUCGUCGUCACGUUCUAUACGAAAGCAAGAGAGUUUCGCUUCAGAUAUAAUAACGAUUCAGGAAAAUAGCUCGAUCGAAAGCGUGCUCGAUGACUCGAUGGUUUCGUCGAAAUCACUUUCGCGCUCGAAAACAUUGCAACGACGGUCCUCCACGGCUAAUGAGGAAUACUCGAGACACGAAGGAAGUAUGAAAACUGGUCUAAAGUCCGAGAAAGAAAAGCAGUUUGAUAAAUUAUCCGGCAUAUCGAGAGAAAAAUCAUCGUCUGCUAAUUCAUCAGUCGCAAAGCGAUCAAAGAUACUCGAGAAAUCGAACAAAAACACCUCCAAGCCGCGUUCCUACCUGAAAUCGGGAGAACAUUCAAUCGAAGAGAAAAAGGUCACUAAGGUACUGAGGAGAAUGAGUUCUGGCCGAAGUUCAAGGAAUUCUAAUCAUUCGGGGUCGUCGCGUGGCAACAGCGUUAUCGAUGAAUCAAUCGACACUUUGGAAGACGGCAGUGAAAUUAUCUCGGAAUUUUCUCAUAUUGAGAAAAGCAUCGCUGAAAAAACUGUAGAUAGUUCUGCUAAGAUAGUUUCCAGCAAUUCCGGACGCUCGUCAGCCGAGAAUGUUUCUGCGGACGUCUCAAGCAGGUUGAAACAUCCGGCAGGCGAAAAUGGAUACGUGAACGACACUUUCGAAGACAUUUCGAGCUCAACGGUGCGAUCAAAAUCGAGAUCGCACAGCGAGAAAAUUAUGGAUGGGAAGAAAAAUGCAAUCAGUCUAACGGUCAAUCCCAAUACGGACGACAUAAAAAUCAGUUUGAGCGAAGAGCCGUCAAAUGAUGUCGAAAACGUCGAGAAUAUUGACAGCAAGACAGGCAAGAAAGUUUCCCGGAGAAAGGGCUCCGUGGUGGUGAUGACUUCAGCGAGCCGACAAGAAAGUGACCGGGAAGAGCGCGGGAAAGUGUUGGACGAAACGAGAGAACGUCUAAUGAUGGAUGUCAUCGGAUUGCCGGUAACGACCGACGAGCGGAGCACAGAACAGACGAAGUCUGGUUCAUCGAGGAAAAAGAGCGAACCGACGAAGUCUAGUUCGUCCAAGGAGAAAAGCGAACCGAUGAAGUCUAGCUCGUCGAGGGAGAAAAGCAAACCAACAAAGUCUACUUCGUCGAGGAAGAAGAUAGAGAGAAGUGGAGAGGAUGAAAAUGUCCUUGCAGAAAGUUCAGAUCGACGGAUUCCCCAAAACGUCACGAAUGUGCUGAGAAAGAUGCACAGAGAUGCAGUCGACGCGAUGGCCAGGCGACACGCAAACUUGAAAACAGUGGGGAAAGUAUACGAAAGCUCUUAUGAAAGGAGAACUGAGUCUGAGAUCUUGGAGGCGACGUCGAGGCGGACAAAGAGAGAAGAAAGUCAUCAUAGCUCUUCGGAAGAAGAUAAGAUGACGGAGAACAAUAAUCGUGAACACAGCACUAAAAGGAAGAAGAGGAAAGCUAGGGUUACUUAUUCAGAACCAGCCGAAACUCGUGAUUGCGCCGGAAGUCAUAAAGAAUACAAGACUUUGAGAUACGACAGGAAACAAAUACGUGAACUACAGAAGCGGGUUGUUGAACUUAGACUGCAGCAAGAACGGGAAGACCUCCAAAAAUACAUACACGAACUGAAAGACUUAAGGUUAGGAGGAUCGGGUUCUACUCCGAACUAUUUCAGUCCCUUGGAAUUUCCGAAGAUCGCGGAAUUUACACCGCCUGAUCCACUCGACUUCGAGUCGCAGCCGGACGAUCAGCUCGCCGUGCUUCGAGCGAGAGUUUCGGCGAUCAGGCGAUGGUUGAAGGAUCAAUAUAUCUUGUAUCGUGACUACUGCGCUGUGGCGCAAGCGAUCAAUGCCCGCUACGUUCCCACGACGUUGGAGGAUACCAAAAAGACGAUACGCGAGCUGCGGGAAACUACGAUUAAAAUCAGAUGACGCCGCAACACGUGAGAUGAUAUUAGUACACGAACACGUCGAGGGUCUUCGUCGAAGUUGGCGAUUUAGCUGCAGAUUUGGCGGAUACUUCGGAAUUUGUGUGAAAAGUAAACGCGAACGAGUAUGCGUUGAGACAGGAUGUCCUUUGUUGAAUUUACAUAUAAUUUCGUGUCAUAUGUAAAUCAUUUGAAGAGCAAAACAUCGUUGAAUUUAAGAGUGGCGUAACGAUCGACUAAAGAAAACAGCUGAAGAAAGGUUGGUGCGUGAUAUUAUGUCGCAUAACAGGGAGAAUUACAUAACGUAAGUUACAUAAUCAUUGUCUUUUUUCCGAUGUUGCCUGGUAGUUACUAGUUAUGUAUUGUAUCAAUCGGGAAAUAAACGAACGUGUUAAAAAAUCUGCAGAUGUCAUGUCUUUACUCGAAGAUGCACGGAGAGAGAAUUUUACAGUAAAAAUAUUAUUACAGAAUUUUGCAAUCGAUGAAUAGAUCGACAUUCUAUCGUGAUUAUUUGUAUUUUAGGAACUGAAAUAUGUUAUUAAGUAAUUUGCUAUAUUUCUAACGAAAUUUGAUAUAUUUCUGGUGGAAUUUACUAUAUUCCUUAGCAAGGUGAACCUACUGACAAUUUUUCUCUGUAGACUACUAAACAUAGCAAAAAUAAUUUAUAUGAAAAAGAACUGUAAUAUUUUCUCCGUGUAGAAUUUUGUUUGUUUAUAAUUAAUCCUUUUGCGCGAUAGGAUUCGUGUCAGUAGAUAGUAGUUUUCAUAAUGAAAUCGAAGCUGAGAUUUCUCCUUUAUGCAAUUACUAAGUCGACUGUGCAACAUAUUCGCGUUUCCGGUGUAUGCGCGAGUUGUGAAACUUUGUGAAAAUCAUUCGCUAACACCUACGCGAAUUAUAGAAUGAAAUGAAAUUGUGGCACAAGGAAAAACAGAUAUUUAGAAGCACGUAUCAUACUUCGAUUUACAAUUCAUUUAUUUCAUUCGCCUUGAUUCGGUUCUCGAUUAAUAUGUGUCGUGCCGAUGAAUUUUUAAAUAUUGCGCAGAAAAAUGUCGGAUUGGCGAUCGAUUGAUUGCGCGAUUCGACUGGCUAUCUAACGCAUCACAUUUAACUUGCGUUGUAAAACAUCCACUUUGAGUAAAACUCUUGACUGGAAGUCUAUGGUUUACACAUAUUACAGAUUUUUUUCAAUAAAAAUCUCACGAAAGGAUGAUAUGUUGAAAUGUAACCUUAGAAUAUAGAACAUGAAGCUGAUUUCGCGACGAAAUUCACAAUGAAAUUCCCAAAGAAUCGUUCCCAAAGAUCGUAUCUCGAUCGAAACAAUACACGAGGAAAAGAGGAACGUGGAUCAACAAUCUCGAGUUUCCAAUCAAAGCAAACAAAGAGCGCACGAUAUCUGUAUAACGGCAGGUGGACUGUCUUUGACCUCUGCCGCGUUAUUGGGCAAGCUUCACGACGUUGCGUCCAUGGACGUAGUAUACAUGAACCCCGCAUACGGCCAGAAAAGUGAAGCCAACAUGUAGAAAGAGACUAUAGAUAAAAUAUACAUAGACUCCGCAUA